AGUCUGAUUCCCUGCCUACAAAGCAGGCAUUAACUAAUUCAACUCUCAAGAUGCCCUUUUGGCAGAAAUCCGAUGGCAAAGUGGCCCCUGCAAAGCCGAUGCCGUCAAUGUCAUCCUCCAUGACGUCAUUGUCACCGUCACAACUGAACGCAGCCAUUAUGGAUAUGCUGCACGUGAACAACACCGGGAAUCAGUGCCUUAACGCUUGUAGAGGUGACCCGAUCACGACGGCUGGUCAGCGGAAUCAGAUGAUUAAGAUGUUGGCUAUUAUUCUUAUACCGGUAUCCAUCCUGGUGGGACUCACCGGAAAUUCGUUCGGCACAACACUCAACAAUUAUCUUUAUUCUACCUCCAUCCGGUCAACUCUACUCUUCAGUUUGGACAUGGCUUACAUGAUCCGGUCGCUACAGCGAGAGAGGGACGGCAGCGCCCUCUACCUGAGUUCGAUACGCCCGGAAACCAAAGGGUUUUUACUGCAGCGUUACCUGGACACCGACGAGGCUGUACAGAAUCUACCAGAGUGGCCAACGUCCCUUAGUAACACAAGGUCCGAGUUCGAUUCCAGUGAGACUUUCCUAAAAACACUUAAUAGACACAGGUACGAGCUGGACACUUUAAAGGUCACGUUUCACGAGGAAUUGAUCACGUAUUCUGAUUGGAUAGAAGUGUUUAUCAAAUGGUUCUACAAAUCUAUCACCGAAGCACGUGCAGAAAAGGUUUGGAAAGCAUUUGUUGCAUACCAAGAACUCUUAGUUGCAUCGGAAUACCUCGGCCGUGAACGAGCGAUGGGCGUAAUAUUCUACACCCUCGGAGAGUUCCCGACCCGAGAAGAGUACCUGUAUUUUGUAGAGAGCCAAGAUACGUCUAACGCCUCUUUCGCCGCGGCCCGACAAUACUCGACCAUUGCCAAGGAAAUCUACGAUGCUAAAAUCAAAGGAAAUCCAGAAAUCAUGCGUACUAUUCAAAAUAAAAGAGGAGAGAUCCGUUCAAGAAACUCAGGCGCUGUUAUUAAUACAGUCGGAUCUCUAAAAGAUGCCAAAUUCUGGUUUGAAAAUAUGACGUAUUUCCAGGACAUUAUACGAGAGGCCCAGGUCUCCCUAGCUCUCACGAUUGACGGUCUACUGGCGGCCAGGCAGCAGACGGACCUCACUAACAUCAUUAUAAUCUGUAUCAUCUUUAGUGCCGUACUUAUUUUAUGUCCGGUAAUAAUCUACGCUGUCUAUAACCUUACAGUGGAAAUCCAGAGGUGUUCUCUUCAUAUUGCAGAUAGAACUAAAGCGUUAAGUAAAGAAAAGAAGAGAACGGACACAUUGCUGUAUCAGAUGUUACCGAAGGAAGUGGCGGAGCAGCUGAAGCAGAACCAGGAAGUGAGCACGGAGGAGUUUGUACAAGCCACCAUUAUGUUUAGUGAUAUUGUAGGCUUCACAAAUAUCUCUUCCCGUAGCUCACCGCUUCAGAUUGUAGAGAUGUUGAACACUAUAUACUCGUGUCUAGAUGAGAGAAUAGAUCUUUAUGACGUAUACAAGGUGGAAACUAUAGGAGAUGCCUACCUAGUAGUCUCAGGUGUCCCUAAACCAAACGGUAAACGCCAUGCAUCAGAAAUAGCCUCGCUUUCAUUGGACAUUCUAGAGCACGUGAACAGAAUGGAGAUUCCGCAUAUACCCGGAACUAACGUCAGGCUGCGGAUAGGAUGCCAUAGUGGUCCUGUAGUGGCGGGAGUUGUCGGAACAAAGAUGCCGCAUUAUUGUGUGUUUGGUGAAGCCGUCAAUGUGGCUAACAAAAUGGAGGCUCUCGGCAAACCGUGUAAGAUUCAUCUUAGUAAGACAACGGCGGACAUUUUGACUGAGGUUGGCGGUUACGUCAUCAAAGAGAGAGAUGACUUUCCUGACAAGAAUGAUCAUGAUCUCCUGAUAGCGUUUAAAGGAAACGUGAAGACAUACUGGCUUGUGUGUAGGGAAGGUUUCGCCCCGCCCCUCACCCCUGACCCGGAGACAAAGGCAUGACGCCCACAGAGUACCUCUGCAUAGGAAAGGAAUAUUAGAAUGUUGCCUUUAUAUCUAAAAUCAUAUUAUAUCUUAAACUAAAAUAAUAUGUAUGAGAAAAACAUAUGCAUCAAAAUCGUAUCAUCUUUAAAGUUAAUUAUUUAGUUAGCUUUUUUCUGCAAUGGGUUUGUCCAGGCUUUUAAUUUUAAACUUCAACUUCGUUUUGAUACGUGAUUUCAGUUUCAAAAUCAUUUACAACAUUUCGGUCAUUUCCGUCAAUCAUCGGAUUAAUAAUCGUCGAGGUGAACCAAUUGUUUCAAAAUACUAAAAUGGUUUCUAGUCAGAUUACAUUGAUGAGCAGACUGGUUUGGCACACUACUGGUGAUAUAAUUUUGUGACUACCUUGCAAAUACUUAAAUGUGUAUGCCUCAAGAAAAGAACCUCAUGUUUACAAAUUUUCAAAUGGUAAUACAUGUGUACUUUGUUAUAAUAAAACGUUUAUAGUUUAAUAAAUGUGUAAAUAACUAAAUAUCAAUAAAUCACUAACGCUUUGCAUGUUUUAUGCAAGAGACUGAUCUAAUUUUUUCCUCCAUUUUUCUUCAAAGUUUUUUGUUCCAAAUAAAAAGUCAUUUUUUUUUUCAUUCUGUUCUUUAUAAAAUAAGGCUCAUUCUUGUUACUUACAAAGUAAGUGGUAAUGUACAUAGAUUUAUUUAUUAUGUUUUGUCAUUCAUGAAAAUAUCGCAUCUAAUGUUCAUGUGAAAUAUAUUUUUUAUCUUUCAUUUAAAACAAACAAAUAACCUCUUUCAUUGGAUCAUUGGUGUUUAUUAUUUUUGUUUAGAAAUGGAUAGAUAGAAAGGUUAUAGUUAAAGAUAAACUAUGCUCAUCUUUGAGUAAAAUAAUUACAUCACAGAGAUUAUUGAAAUCUAUGAAUUUUUUACUGAAUAAAUGUCUAAUUUGAAUAAAAUUGUACAAACUAUGAAGGGGAAGCUGCCUUCCCUAUUACAGGUGAAAUAAAAUUGGUCCUUUUUCAAAAAAAAUAAAAAUAAAAAAAAUGCCAGUUUUUUUUAAUGACACUAUAUAUUCACAUUGUGGCCUCCUAUAGUGUGUAAAGUUUAAAAAACAACAUAUAUACUGUGUGUGAAGUCGAAACAUGUUGAUUUUAUAUUUACAAAGAAACAGUGCAGCAGUUUUCAAUGUUUUCAAGUAUGAGAAUAGUGUAUCUUUCAAACACUUUAAAAAUCCAGGAAAUCUUCCGAGUAAUCUCUUUCCAAGAAUACUCGAUCGGUACUCGUUGCCAUUGGUAAUAUAUUUGUUUUGGGCCAGAUUAAUUCACUUUAAUUGCCAAGUUGAAAGCGUUUUACUUAUAAGAGAACUUUUUUCUUCAUAAAAUUAAACAUGAGCAUUAAAGAGGUCUGUUGCUUUAGAUAAUAUAAAAUAUACUAUAUUUAGAUACGGUUGUUACUAUAUUUAGAUACGGUUGUUACUAUAAAUAUUUUUUGUGGUUGUUGAGUGUAUGUUGCAGUUUCUGUGAUUAAGAAACAAAAAUUUAGUCCUCAAAUAUCAGGUAUUUUUAUUGUAUAUUUGUAUAAAUAACUUUGUAUGGUGCAAGUCUAUGUGAUUUUUAAUAUAAUUAUUUUAUAAAAAAAAAGAUAUUUUCUUUGUUCACUUAUAUCUUCAAUAGCCAUUGGUUAUUAAAUGAGAAAAAAAACUAGACAACGCAAUAAUAACUAAUUUACAUAAAAAUAUAAAGAUAUGUUACAAUUCAAUUUCUUUCAAGUUUGUACUGAAAUAAUUAAAGAUCAUGUAUGUUGUAAUUAAGGUUGUUACCACACUUCAAUAAAAUCUUAUAUAUGUAUAUAAUUCUUCUAAAACAAUUUUCAAACAUCGAAGAAUAUGUAAAAUAUGUACUGCAAAUAUUUGUCCACAUUAUAUGUAAAUUAUAUUAAAAUAUAUGCAUUCAUUUCUUAUUGAAAAUUUUGACUUAGACUUUAAAGAAAAUAAAUUUCUAAUAACCCGCCUUUAUUAACAUAAAAUGUAAAUUCAGUAAUAUCUUUACAAAUAAUGCUUUUUGGAACAUACAAUAUUGAUAAAUCUUCAUUUGAGCAUUAUAUCUAUGAUAUAAAGUCAUAAAAAAAUUGAGUAACAGGAUCUUCAAGUUUGUUCUUAGAGAUUACGUACAAUUCGACAGCUUUGAAAUAUAGGGUUAGGGUUGACUAUUAAAGGGAGGUAAUCUAAACCAAAAUUGCCUUGAUGAUAAAAAAAUACACAUGGUUUCAGAUUCAAUCUUCAGAAAAAGUCCUAAAUUGAACCCAGAAGGUGUCAUUUACAGAUUUUCCUUUUAAUUUUUCAAAAUCAAAUUUGUAUAGAUGUUAUUUGUAAUUAUUUUGAGUUAACAAAAUAAAAGAAAAAAGUUAUAUUUUGUUGUGUUAUCAUAUUUAAAAGGGGAGCGGUGGCCUAGUGGUUAAGGUGUCAGCCUCUCAACCCAGAGAUCAUGGGUUCGAGCCCUACUCGGGUCACGACCAUGUUUCUUCAUAUGACACCAGUACUGGUUGGUUCCAGGAAGCGGACUCGAAAGUGAUUAAUAUAAGUUGCAAGAACUUGUUUCGCAAUCAAGCUUAAAUAAAUAUGUUUAAACCAUUUAAAACCUUUGUCAUGUGUCAAUUGAACAUUGAUGCCCCCCAACAUGGGUUUUCAGUUCUUGUUAAAGACUAAGUGGUCAUAUGUUUUAAGGUAAAUCUAUCAUGCAUUAUCAAAAUUUGAACAGGAUUUGAUGGAAAAAUAUAUAAACUAUAAAAUUUCCUUGACUCAACAAAAAUAACAACUCAAAAACUUACUUUAGCAUUUUAUUUAACAUCAAAAUGAUGUUAAACGACAGCUUUAAUGCUGCUACUGCUGAUGAUGAUGAAGUUAAUAGUGAUGAUGAUGGUGAUGAUGCUGCUGCUGCAGAUAAUCAUUGUGAUAAUGGUAGUGACGAUGAUGAAAGUUAUGAUGAUGAUUGUAUGGAUGAUAAUGAUGAUGACAAUGUUGAUGGAUCUU